UUUAUCUAUUCCGUGCUCCUAACUUCCGUUUUCCUACUGCUUCCUACAUCCGCUUACAGCAACACCUAGCGCACAACAUAUUGCACAAUACUCAGGCACCACAGCGAAGAAUUCGAACACGAGAAAGACUCUGGACAAACACCAACAACCUAUCAACCCAACCCCUCCUUUCCUCAAAGCAGCGUCUCAGACAGCUAGAGCAAGAUGGCGGCCAACGACGAUGUGGAUGCCUGGAUCGCACAAUUGAUGCAAUGCAAGCCUCUGAGCGAGCCCGAAGUAAAGAAGCUAUGCGAUAAGGCGCGAGAAGUUCUGAUGGAAGAAUCCAAUGUUCAACCCGUGAGGUGCCCUGUCACGGUCUGUGGUGAUAUUCACGGUCAAUUUCACGAUCUUUCAGAACUCUUCCGUAUCGGCGGCAACUCUCCUGACACAAACUACCUUUUCAUGGGGGAUUAUGUUGACCGAGGAUACUACUCUGUGGAGACCGUCACACUUUUGGUCGCGCUUAAAUUGCGGUACCGAGACCGUGUGACUAUUUUACGAGGAAACCAUGAGUCACGUCAAAUCACCCAGGUCUAUGGUUUCUACGACGAGUGUUUAAGAAAAUAUGGCAAUGCCAAUGUCUGGAAAUUCUUCACCGACUUGUUUGACUACCUUCCCCUGACUGCAUUGAUUGACAACCAAAUCUUCUGUCUUCACGGUGGUUUGUCGCCCUCAAUCGACACCCUUGACCACAUUAGAUCUAUUGACCGCAUUCAAGAAGUUCCUCAUGAAGGCCCUAUGUGUGAUCUUCUUUGGUCAGACCCUGAUGACAGAUGCGGUUGGGGUAUCAGCCCUCGAGGAGCUGGUUAUACUUUCGGUCAAGAUAUCUCUGAGGCUUUCAACCACAACAACGGCCUUACAUUGGUCGCGCGAGCACAUCAGUUGGUCAUGGAAGGUUUUGCCUGGUCACAAGAACGAAAUGUCGUCACCAUAUUCUCAGCGCCCAACUACUGUUACCGAUGCGGUAAUCAGGCCGCUAUCCUUGAAGUGGAUGACGCGCUUAAGUACACUUUCCUUCAAUUCGACCCUGCGCCUCGGGCUGGUGAGCCUCUGGUGACCCGUAGACCCCCAGACUACUUCCUGUAAUCGUCAUCAUCUCGAAAUAUUUUCUCAAUCCCUCUUCGUUACGAUAUAAAAUUUUGCAGUUACAGUAUACCCCCGGACUUGAUCAUGUCAUUGUUUUCGUCUUUCGUUAUUAUAAAUCUUCAACCAACGAAAACUUGCAUAUCCCAACAAGUAAUGACGGCUUUUUUUGUGUUUGACAUGUAAAAGAAAUUUGAAAUAUAGCAGGCAGACAAGGAGGGCGCAGUAGUUUAGAAAUGGUAUACACCAAGAUUUGAAAGCAGUUACAUUUUCCUCGAGCAUGCAAAUUGUUUCGGCCUAUUGCGUACUUGAGUUUAUAUGGAUAUGAGCAGGG